AUGAAUAAGAUUCUGCAUAACAUGCUACUCGUUCGACCCGUAACAUACCUCCUAUCGAGACGUCAACCCCAAUAUCUUCGCAGAAUGACGACUAUGACUACGACAGUUUCUACGCCCUCGGGACAGACCAGAUUCAAUCAUGCAAGAUUUAUCCCACCGGAUGCCAUCUUCGCGUUGACAGCUGAAUACCUGCAAGAUUCUCAUCCACAAAAGGUCAAUCUGGGCCAAGGCACGUAUCGCGAUGGCGAUGGAAAACCCUGGGUUCUUCCCUCUGUGACCAGGGCUCGCGAGACACUUUCAGCUCAAGGGUUGAAUCAUGAAUAUCUUCCAAUUCUAGGCCUGCAGACUUUUAGAGAAGCCACGGCGGAAGCGGUACUAGGAUCAGAACUAUUUGCCCAGCAGAAGUCCAAGCUCGCAACAUGUCAGAGUCUGUCGGGAACGGGCGCUUUGCAUCUAGCUGGAUUGCUGCUCCGAGCCUGCCAAUCUCCACUGCCAAAGAUCUACAUCCCCGAGCCAACCUGGUCGAAUCACCAUCAGGUAUUCAGUUCGCUCGGUUUCCCCUGCGAGAGCUUCAAAUACUACGACCACGACACGAGGGAUCUGGAUAUAGAAUCCUACUAUUCGACAUUGAAGAAUGCAGAGCCACAGUCCAUCGUAAUCCUCCAUGCUUGCGCGCAUAAUCCCACGGGCUGUGACCCGACAAAGGAGCAAUGGCGGGAGAUUGCGCAAUUGAUGAAGGAUCGUCAGCUAUUUCCACUCUUUGAUGCUGCUUAUCUAGGCUUCAAUUCGGGCAAUUACGAUGAAGAUGCUUUUGCAAUUCGAUAUUUCGUUGGAGAAAUGGAGAUGGAGGCGGGAAUAUGUCUAUCUUUUGCGAAAAAUAUGGGCCUUUAUGGUAAGUUUCGUGGAUACCCGCCCAUCUGGCGCGCGAAAAGGAAGAGGAGCCCUGAACUAAUUGAGAAUGCGAUGAUAGGAGAGAGAGUCGGCUGCUUUAUGUUAGCCACGAAAACCAGCGAAGCCGCCGUGAACACCCAGUCGAUGCUCGAGAUGCUUCAAAGAUCAGAGGUAUCGAAUCCUCCUGCCUUCGGAGCGAAGAUUGCGAGCCAAGUAAUGGGGACAAAGGAGCUGAAGGAGAUGUGGUUCACCGACAUGGUGACCAUGAGUGGUCGCAUCCGGUCGAUGAGGAAAGCACUAUAUGACCACUUGCUCUCGUUCGGCGCACCUGGGUCUUGGGACCAUCUCAUUCGCCAAUCAGGGAUGUUUGGGUUUCUAGGACUGUCUCCGGAGGUAGUUUUGAAGUUAAAGAAUGAGUACCAUGUCUAUAUGGCUGGCAAUUCUCGGAUCUCGAUUGCGGGGUUGAAUCCUAGCAAUGUUGAAUACGUUGCUCGCUCAAUCACACAGUGCCUAAAGGAUUCUUAA